AUGGGGACCCUGCGCGUCCCUGCGCGGACAGUCCUCUUCCAGCGGGAGAGGACGGGCCUGACGUACCGCGUGCCCGCGCUGCUCCCGGUGCCCCCUGGGCCCACCCUGCUGGCCUUUGUGGAGCAGCGGCUCAGCCCCGACGACUCCCACGCCCACCGCCUUGUGCUGAGGAGGGGCACGCUGGCUGGGGGCUCCGUGCGGUGGGGCGCCCCGAGUGUGCUGGGGACGGCGGCCCUGGAGGAGCACCGUUCCAUGAACCCCUGCCCCGUGCAUGACGCAGGCACAGGCACGGUCUUGCUUUUCUUCAUUGCUGUGCUGGGCCACACGCCCGAGGCCCUGCAGAUCGCCACGGGCAGGAACGCAGCCCGCCUCUGCUGUGUGACCAGCCACGACGCUGGCCUCACCUGGGGCAGCGUCCGGGACCUCACCGAGGAGGCCAUUGGUGGCGCUGGGCAGGACUGGGCCACGUUUGCGGUGGGCCCAGGCCACGGCGUCCAGCUGCGCUCGGGCCGCCUGCUGGUGCCCGCGUACACCUACCGUGUGGACCGCAGGGAGUGCUUUGGUAAGAUCUGCCGGACCAGCCCCCACUCCUUCGCCUUCUACAGCGAUGACCAUGGCCACACCUGGCACUGUGGGGGCCUUGUGCCCAACCUGCAUUCGGGCGAGUGCCAGCUGGCUGCAGUGGAUGGCGGGCAGGCCGGUGGUGUCCUCUACUGCAAUGCCCGGAGCCCCCUGGGCAGCCGUGUGCAGGCGCUGAGCACUGACGGGGGCGCCUCUUUCCUGCCCGGGGAGCUGGUGCCCACCCUGGUGGAGACCGCCCGGGGCUGCCAGGGCAGCAUUGUAGGCUUCCCAGCCCCGCCCCCAAGUAGGCCUCUGGAUGAGGGGCUCCCCCACCCUCCACGCCUCUGUCCUGGGGCCCAGGACCCCCCUGAGGAGGGUGCUGGAGCCAUGCAUGGGGGCCGGGUGCCCUGCACACCCUUCUGUCAUCCACAGUCCUGGGAGCACGACCCAGGGCAGGCUGGCCAGGGGCCAGCGCCCUCUGCCGUCCUGUCCCAGAGCCCCACAUGGCUGUUGUACUCCCACCCGGCGGGGCGCAGGACCCGGCUCCACAUGGGCAUCCGCCUGAGCCGGGCCCCCCUGGACCCCCACAGCUGGACGGAGCCCUGGGUGAUCUACGAGGGUCCCAGCGGCUACUCUGACCUGGCGUGCAUUGGGCCUGUGCCUGCGGGAGCCCUGGCCUUCGCCUGUGUGUACGAGAGUGGGGCCAGGGCCUCCUACGAGGAGAUCUCCUUCUGCGUGUUCUCCCUGCGCGAAGUCCUGGAGAACGUGCCCGCGGGCCCCCAGCCACCUGGCCUCGGGGACAAGCCUCGGGGACCCUGCCGGCCCUCCUGA